AUGAAACCUGUGUUAUGCUCACAGGGCAUCCCAAUUGAAACUGAGAAGAUGAAGAUUUUUAUCAUUUACCUGAAGAAGCCUGUUAUUAUUAGCAAAAAAGCAGCGAUGAAAAGAGAAAUCCAUUUUGAUUUGCAAUUCAACAUAUCACAACCUUCCACGCAAGCUUUAGGAGAAGACAAACAGAUGAUGGUCCCUGGCCAGGUGAAAACCUCCUCAGAACUUUUUAGUAAGUCUGAGAAAGAAGACACUGAGAUUCCUAAUAGCCAUGGAAGAGAGACAGAGCCGCUAGAAGAAUCUACUGACCUGGAGGAGAUCAUGAGUGCUGGAGAUGACUGUUGCCUGAUAACUCUCCCCUUGAAUGACCAGUCUGCACCGCCUCAAAGAAAUACAGCUGAGAGUCCAUCUGAAAAACUGAAACUGGAUGAUACACAACAAGAAGUUACUUCAAAACAUGAGCAUUCUUCCGAUUUACAAGAACCAUCAGUUAAAAUUCAGUCUCCUAAAUUAAGUGGCAAAUCUAGGGCAGAUUCUGCUUCCAGGGAUGACAGAAAGCAAGAAACAAGUGUGUCGUUUAAUUACAGGAAACAUCUCUUCUCUGAGAGUAGUCAAGAUUCAAGUACCAGUACUAGUGAACUAUCUUGGACCAGUAACCAAAAGAAGAAAUCCCUAAAAUCAUACUCUAGUAGAAAAAAGAUAAGAACCAGGAGUAGUAUAAGAAUCUUGCCACUUUUCCCUCUCAGUAGUGGCAGUGACCAUGACCACAAGAAAGACCAAGCUAAACUUCUAAGACCAUUACGGAAAGACGUGUCCAGGCAAAAUGACACCAUCCCUCCGCAAAUUUCUGAAACAAAAUUCCCAAGUAGUUCUGCCUUUUUAACUCUUGAAGAUUCUGCGAAAAAAACAGGGCUUCGAGGUCCUCACCCACUGAGCAAGUUCUCUUCCUCAGAGCACUCAGAAGAUGAAGAAAAUGUAUAUAAGGCACUACUUAAUUGUUGCGAGAGCUCAGGCGAGAGGGAGGGUGAGAAGCUGAUAGUCGAAGGCGUGGAACUGAGGAGAUCCUCCAGAGAGGUGGCCUUGGAAGUUGUGCCAGAGAGCUUGAAUGAGUCUGCACUUCUCACAACCUUUGAAAACUUCACUAGAGAACUGAGAAGAAAAUACAAGGUUAGGUACAGAAGGAGUCCACUUUAUUCAAAAGAUGCAAAGAAAGCACAGAAUUGCAUAAUGAAACUUUUAAACCAGAUAUACCUGUGCAGACUCAAUAAGCUAGAAAAGUUUCAGAAUUUUGUUCUUCAAGGGUUGAGCAAUCUUGAGAAGGAUAUUCAGCCCCUGGAACACCUUGAAAAGGACGCUCUGGAGUUCGCGGGGAAACAGUCUGCUGAUCUGAAAUUGUUCUGUGAUCUGCAAGUGCUGAGGACUGCUCUACAUUUGGCCUGUGCCACGGGCCGGGCAGAAAUGGUGAGACUCCUCAUCAAGAGAAAGUGCAAACUUAACUUGUCUGACAACAAAAAGAGGACAGCUCUGAUGAAGGCCGUCCAGUGCCAGGAGGAGGAGUGUGUAACCAUACUGCUGAAGGCUCUGGCUGAGGUAGAUCGUCAGGAUGCCUAUGGCAACACUGCUCUUCACUAUGCUGUUUCUCACCAGAAUGUAUCAAUAGCAAAACAACUGCUCUCACAUGGUGCAUUUAUUGAUCGCCGAAACAAGAGUCACCUCACACCACUUUUACUUGCUGUAAGUCGAAAAGAAGAGGACAUGGUGAAGUUUUUACUAGCGUUUGGAGCAAACAUAAAUGCAGUUGAUAAGUUGAAAAGAAAUGCUUUCAUGCUGGCGAAAGAGUCUCAGUCAUCACGUGUACUCAGUCUUCUUCAGGACCAUGUUGAUAGGAUGGCCUUAGGACAGAAUCUAGAUGACACUUUUGCUAUUGGUUUUAAUAGAAAUAGAAUUCCCCAAGAAAUUUCACAAGAUAAAGAAGAAAAGAUUCUGGAAAAUCCUUCUCAAAUUAGCAAUCCAGUAGUGGAUGAGAUUACUGAAGACCCCAUGUUCAGGAUUUCCAUCAAACCGGAUAUUUAUGGAAAACCAGAUACUGACUCAUUUUCUGAACACCUCGAUGUUGAUACCAAGAAUGUUCUGCCACCAGGGGUAAUAAAGCAAAUGACUGCUUAUCAGCGACACAUGAAAACUGUACAAGCCAAAUUUACUGUGAGAACAGAAGAUGGAACAAUGUUUGAAGACAGUAUUUUUAAUGAUCCACCUGUGGUUCCAAGCCUUCCGACAGCAUCAAUCGAUGUGCAGGGCUUUCAUGAUCCGUUCCUGCAACCACCUGGCCCUGGUCUGAAAGCUUCCUUCAAGUCUUCAACUAAGCCAGGUGGUACAGAGGAGGGGACAACAAAGCCAGCAGAUUUAAGAGAGGAAAAUGCUAAGAUGUCCUUGUUAACAUCUGGACCAAAGGAAGAGGAAGCGUCGUCACCUGCAGAUUCGGAUUCUGAGAAUGUUGCACAACCAGGAUUAACGAAGCCAAUGGACUGCCUAUACUGUGUUAUUCCUUGUUAA